AUGGCAGCCUGGAACCCAUUGCUGGCACCCCUAGGCUUGCUUAUUGAGCAUCCUAAUGUAAUUAACGCUGAAUCCAAGUAUCGGGAUAUCGAAAUUAUGAACCGCUGCGGCUCCCCAGUCAACUGGUGUGGGCGUACUGGACCGGGCGUGAUCUUUAUUGACAAUGUCUACAGGUCCCACAACAGUUCCCACAUUCCGCAUAUGUCCGAUUUCACUAAGGUCGCUUAUGAGAUGGACUUUCCAUUGAGUACCCUUAAACAUGUAUUCAUUAACGGUAUUAUCAACGAGGACACUGUGCCUUGCGUCAGAUAUGAGAUUUACCGAUCCAUCACACCCUACGAAUACCCGUCUAAGGAGCCCCUGAUUUGGCACCUUGGAACAGCUGAGUUUGAUACUUUGCUUGGCACGGGAAUUGGCAAGAUGGCGGCAGCUUUCAUUCUGUGUGCGUAUGGUCGGGGUAAAAAGCGUAUUAUCCGAAUCGUUACAUUCCACACCGAAGACUUUUGGAACUUGAAUAUGCGAUUUGAUAUUGCGGGAGUAUGA